UUAUGUCAUGAUUUUCCUAGGCUGUGCUAACAACAUCAAAGUGAGAAAACAUUGAAAAUGCUUAUUUGAAAUUGUUUAAAGUUAAAAUAAUAGUUCUUCUGUAUUAAAAGCAUAAAAUUCGCAUUAAAAUAAUAACGUAAACAAUGUUUAACUCGUUUUUUCGCAAUUGGCUCGGAACUGAAGAUCCACCAACAAAGGUCAUCGAAGUGCGACCGGAUAAUUAUGUGUCCAGACCAAUAUAUUACAGGGAUGAUUCAAUGUUGUUAUAUGGUCCAAAGACCCCCAAUGAUGGGAAAAAUUCGAAAGAUAAAUUCUAUGAAAUUGUCUUACAUAAACCCUUUACAGAAAGCUUGCAUCAGAUGUACAGCUUAUUUCGAUCGGAAAGUCGUGAAAUUUCUGAAGAAAGAUUUAUUACAUUCAAAGACAGAAUACCAGUUUAUGUUAAAAUUACUAAAGAGUGUACAGUCCCAAGUCUUCAAAAGCUUUGUGACAUUCUCAGCGAACAUAACUCGUGGACUGUGGCACACAUAGUUGCACAUUUUGGCCAGUAUGAACUUCUUAAUGAACCAGAUGUUCAGAGACACAUUAAUGAAGUUGACCCUGUUACAGGAGCCUCUGCACUUAUGGUGGCAAUUAGAACAGGAAAUGUACGAAUGGUACAGAGCCUUAUAUCAAUCAAUUCAUCUCUGGAAAUAAUUGAUCACGACCACAACUCUGUAUUUCAUUAUGCCGCUGCAAGUAACAAGGAAGUUAUUAAUGCCCUUGCCAGCAAAACAUCGAAAUUCCUAAACUUAUUCAACAAGCAAGGGUACACACCGCUACACAUGGCUUGUCUCGCAGACGCGCCUGACUGCGUCCGAGCCUUGUUAAUGGCUGGAGCUGACGUGAAUCUAACAGCCGCCAAACGGACUGCUAGCAAUUCACAGGCUAUUCCAGGUGUAGUCGGCGAUGUGGUCCAAAACAAUCGAUCCAAACUAUUCGAAGAAGACAUGAAGCGUGGUGGAACGCCCCUCCACUGGGCGAUUUCCCGCGAAGUGAUUGAUGCUCUAGUCGACAAGAACUGUGAUUUUAACGCUGUCAACUUUGAUGGAAGAACCGCCCUUCAUAUUAUGGUGUUGAGGGGGAGACUGGAAUGCGCUACCGCUUUGCUCUCUAGAGGAGUGGAACAUUCUACAGGUGACAAAGAGGGCAACACACCUCUGCAUUUAGCAGUUAAACAGCCAAACAUAUGCAUAGUGCAGGCUUUAGUUGUGUUUGGAGCUGAUUUGGAAGCGAAGAACAACGCUGGUUUCACCGCAAGGCAUUUGGUACCAAUUGAAAUGGCGAAUAGUGAUUAUGAUAGGAUUCUGUACGUUUUGCAUUCCGUUGGGGCAAAGAGAUGUACCUCGGACAUCUCUGGUUGUCGUCCAUCAUGUUCCUCCAGAGGGGAGUAUAAUGGAGUCCCACCACCACCGAUAGCAAGGUCUUCCACUCGCGAUAUGGUCUGCAGUAUGCUUACCGCUUCUACCAUGGACAAAGCGGCAACACUGGGGACACUGAAGAAUGAAGGACGCUUACUCUGCCUAGAUGGAGGCGGAAUACGUGGUUUAGUGCUAGUCCAAAUCUUACUAAACCUCGAAGCAGCUAUAGGCAAACCGAUAAUACACUGCUUCGACUGGGUAGCUGGGACCAGUACUGGUGGGAUUCUGGCAUUGGCUCUGGCCACUGGGAAGACGUUGAGAGAGUGUCAGAUGCUGUACUUUAGGAUGAAGGAAUUCGCAUUUGUGGGCAUGAGGCCGUACCCUUCUGAGGUGCUUGAGAACAUUUUGAAGGAGUGUUUAGGUACGGAGACAGUUAUGGCGGAUAUCGACCAUCCGAAGCUGAUGAUCCUGGCAGUCUUGGCGGAUAGAAAGCCAGUUGACUUGCACAUCUUCAGAAAUUACCAGGCAGCUGAAAAUAUACUGUGCGAAUAUAAUGGAACAAUGAGUCCUAAAGCAGAGGCCAGUGACCGUUCGUCAGUGGAAAUCCUAGCGGAGCCUCCGUCCCCCGCGGAACAGCUCGUGUGGCAGGCGGCUAGGGCUUCGGGGGCUGCGCCUUCCUACUUUCGGGCUUCAGGCAGGUAUUUAGACGGUGGUCUAAUAGGGAAUAACCCAACGUUAGACGCACUGACUGAGUUAGCGGAAGUAAGACUGGCACUGGAAGCCACGGGCCAGUAUGAAGCCGCUAAGAAAACUCAUCUCAAAGUCGUCGUUUCUUGUGGAACUGGCAUGAUCCCGGUGACAAAAUUGAAAGAUAUAGACGUUUUUAAGCCGGAGAGCAUUUGGGACACCGCCAGACUUGCUCUGGGGUUAUCUUCCAUUGGAAAGCUUUUAGUUGAUCAGGCGACGCAAUCCGACGGACGUAUCGUUGAACGUGCGCGUGCGUGGUGCCAAUCACUUGGCGUGCCCUACUACCGGUUCUCGCCGCAAAUGUCACGCGACCAUGCGAUGGACGAACGAUCUGACGAGCACUUGGUGACCAUGCUGUGGGAAGCGCAGGCUUAUAUGAGGGACCAUAGGGAUAGAGUCGUGGAACUGGCUGCUAUGCUGACUGAUACGGAUGUUAAAUAAUUAUUUGUUAGCACAAUUAGGUGAAUAUAGUUUAAUAUAUGUGAUUAUAAAAAAAUAUGUUAUCGGAUUUAAAUGUUAUAUCAAUUUUUCAAGUCAUAACUGACUCGGGUUUAUCGCAAGCGUGGUUUUUAAAUAUCAUUCCUACAUCUGUCAGCUGUCACCUGUCAGAUGUCAUCGCAGGAAGCAGGCGCUUUUAGACUUAACGUUAAUUAGGGGAAGGCGUGUAUAAGUGAGAUUUUAGUUAUUUAUUCAUUGGAAUUAUUGACAAGAAUGUGAGAAAGUACAGUUAUAAAAUGUAUGAAUAGUAGCAAAAUAAGUAGAACCUAUACUUAGUAGCUCAGUUAAUGUCCUGAUAGCGUGAUAUCGCGUCAUAGGAAAUGUGAUUUUAAAUCUAGUAUUUAAGGUUUAUUAUCGUGUGAAUUUAGUUAAAAUAGCUAGUGUCUUGUACGACUAUGUUCAGUCAUUUAGUCUUAACGCAUGGGCCGAACAGAUUUCUAUUUCGUUAGGUUUUUUCAAGCAAGUCGUCUGUUCCUAUAGAAAUACUAUUUGACCGGAAAUCGAACCAAAAACUUUCGACUUGUCAUUAGAGUUUUUCGUUGAUAUUAAAACAUUGUUUAUACUAAUGUGUCUAAUAUGCACAAAAUUCAUUUAAAAGUUGUAUAGUUUAUUAAUUAGCCGUUAUUUACGUUAAUUUUAUGUUAUAUAAAUAUCGGAUUAAAAAAGUUUAUCAGUUGAAUUAUUUUUAUCGAAUUUAGCCUUGAAUUUUUUAUCUUUGCGAAUUGCAUGUUAUGUAAACUUGUUAUUAGUUGUUGUAUGCAGAUAUAAUAUAUUUUGAAACCACUAGAUUUCUGAAUUGUGUGGACUUGAAGCUUAAAAUACUACAAGUAGUAUUUAAGGGUAUUUUUUUAUUUAUGAUUACAAUAGUUUUUAUUUCAUAAAACCAAAGGUUUAUGUAUUCAUUCAUGAAAACUAAACUAAUAGUAAUGUACUAUUAUUAUUUUAUUGUAUCGUUAAAUUAAUUGACAGAGAUACAAGUUGUAAAAUAAAACUGAUUUUGUUUGUUAUAAUUAAUAGUUAAAAAUCACAAAAUAUUAUAUAAUAUUCUCUAAAUUUCCAUUAUAAUUAGCAAACUUAUUAAAAAUUGUCCUUACCUUUGUAAUUGCUAACAAAGGUAAAAACAUGAAUUUACUUAUUGACUUUUUAUGUACUGUAAAACUAGUCUGCCUUACCUUAGGGUAAGAAUCAUAUCACACUAGCGUAAACUAUAAAUCCCUUUGUCAAAAACGUGGUACAUUUUGACAUACCGAAAUCAUAGUUCGCGCUAAGUAUAAGCUUGAUAAAGUUCAUAUGUAGCAAGUUAUAAUUGUAUCGACUGAGUAUUUAAUGUGGUGCAAAUAAAAGUCUAUAUAUAUUGCAAA